GAGAGGAGGGAAGUAGGAAGAGAAGAGAAGAAAAGGAAUCAUCAAUGGAGGGCACCCAGAUCUUUGUGAGUCUGGUUCUUCUGUGUUUCAGUGGUUUCUGUGCUUUUCUGUAUGAGGUUCUUUGGUUGAGAGCUGAAAGGCUCAGAAAGAAGCUGAGGCAGCAAGGUAUCAGAGGUCCACCACCUUCUUUUCCUUAUGGGAACUUUUUGGACAUGAAGAGAAUCAAGUCUGCUAUGGUGGGCAUGUCUCCUUUAAUGGAGAAAGAUGGUAGUCUGACCAGUGACUAUACACCUGUUCUCUUCCCUUAUUUGGAGUUGUGGAGGAAGGAAUAUGGUCCAAUAUUUACGUAUGCAACUGGCAAUGUUCAACAUAUAUACAUCACCGACCCCAAUCUGGUUAAGGAGAUAAGCCUACAUAAAUCUUGGGAUUUAGGCAAACCUUCAUAUGUGAUUGAGCAACUUGGGGCUUUGCUCGGCCACGGCGUUACAAUGUCAAAUGGGCAUGUGUGGGCUCACCAGAGAAAGCUAAUAGCACCAGAAUUCUUCAUUGAUAAAGUAAAGGGAAUGGUUGGCCUGAUGGUCGAGACGACACUCCCACUAUUGAAACUGUGGGAAGAUCAGAUUGAAGGUGGGGGAGGGCUUGCAGACAUCAGAGUUGAUGAGGACCUGAUAAACUUAUCAGCAGAUGUGAUCUCUAGAGCUUGCUUUGGGAGUACUUAUUCAGAUGGAAAGGAGAUAUUUUCUCUGUUUAAAAGACUUCAAAGUACCAUGUCUGGUGCAACCAUAUUUAUUAGAAUUCCUUAUUUGAGGUAUCUCCCAACCAAAAGUAAUAGAGAAGCUUGGAGGUUGGAGCAAGAGAUUGAGAAAUGGAUUUCAGAAUCUGUAACAAAACGUAGAGAACAAAAUGUGGCAUCAACCGAGAAAGACCUCUUACAGAUGAUCCUUGAAGCUGCCAAUGCUGAUAAGCUUGAGCAAAAGACUGCUAAUCGUUUAGUUUUAGACAACUGCAAGAACAUAUAUGUUGCAGGACAUGAGACUGUCUCUUCUGCUGCUACAUGGGCCUUGAUGUUGCUUGCUUCACAUCCAGAAUGGCAGUCUCGUAUCCGCACUGAGGUCACCGAGGUCUUUGGUGAUGGCCUGCCAAAUGCUGAUAUGCUGCACAAGAUGAAAACGUUAACAAUGGUGAUUCAAGAGACACUGAGGCUGUAUCCUCCAUCAUCUUUCAUUGCAAGGGAAGCCUUCAAAGAGAAGCACAUCGACGAACUAUGCAUUCCGAAAGGUGUCAACCUGUGGAUUCCAAUAGCUACACUACAUCGUCUCCCUGAAAUUUGGGGGCCCGAUUCAGAUGAGUUUAAGCCAGAGAGAUUUGCUCAAGGCAUCUCUGGUGCGUGCAAACUUCCUCAGAUGUACAUGCCAUUUGGACUUGGACCUCGGACAUGCUUAGGCCAGAAAUUUGCCAUGGUUGAGUUGAAGAUUAUUCUCUCUCUUAUCGUUUCUAAGUUCUCUUUUUCCCUAUCUCCUAACUAUAUCCAUUCCCCAGCAUUCAAAUUGGUUAUACAACCAGAAUAUGGAAUUAAUCUCCUUAUAAGAGGAGCAUGAUUAUACAAAAUGACUAAAUAGAGAAUAAGUAUUAUAAAGGUCUUUUGUAGCCAUUUCUCAGUUUACAAUGUUUAGCUCAGAUUUGCUUUCAAGUGAAAGAAAUAUAGACUUGCUCAAGAAGACAGAAAAAUGGUGAUUUUGGUCA